CAGCUGUAAAGAGAGGGAGCGGCAGAAUUACGUUUCUAACUAGGAAAGAAAAAAAAUACCGUCACCGGGUAAAUCAUAAUGAAAUUAAACAUGUCAAACAGUUAAUCUCAAUGUUUAGAAUACCAUUGCAUUUUAUGUAUUUCAAAUCUGAAGUGAAACAGGGACUUUUGAAACGGAGCAGUUUCAAUCUGGCUAAAUCAUGUAAAGUUAGCUAGCUCAUGAUCCCUGAAUAGUUCAAAAAGGGCUAGCUAACAUUAGUUACUACUAGCAACAUUUUAGCUGCUUGACUAGCCCAAGCACCAAUUUACUGUUGGUACCAAUGCACAGAGUCACAAUGGGACGACCAAAGAAGACGACCAAACAACGUAAAAACCCCAAGUUGGACAAAUUGGAGGCUUUUCUCGAAGAUUUCGACAGUGAGGUGAAAACUAUAGUUGAAAGGCUGAAGGAGAGGACAAACAGCCUCCUGAAAGAUGCAGACAACUUCUUCAACAUGGCUGUGAUCAAGCUGCCUAAAGCAGUGAGGCAGAUGAACUGGCUUGAGCAUUGUGGAUCAGAGAAACCAAAGUCACCGGUGGAGGAUGGCAAGAAAUUAGAGGAGGCUGCACAAGUGGAGAGCAUCAUGGCUGAAGUCCAUACUAUUCUCCCCAAGACUGCUAAAAAAGCAACGUCGAAAAGCGGUGAUGUCAGGACAAGUUCAGAGGAUGAGGAGAACACUAUUAUGGCCAGAGGGAAGAAGGGUAAAUCAACUAGGAAACCUCUGUCAAAGAGGGCCAAAGCACUGUCAGUCAGCAAGCAGAACACCUCCAUCAAAAAGACCAGUAGGAAGCCACUGGUCACUCCUACUAGGAACAUGCUGGACAGCUCCCUGAUGGGCCCUAACCCCCCCAUCACACCAUGCUUCGACCCCUGGCUUCCCAAGACCCCGGCGACGAGGAUACCCCGCCACAAGGAGAGGGUGUACAGCAUCUCGGUCAACGGCUCCCCCAUCUCAGAAGGCAGUAAUGAUAUCGUCAUCAAUGUCCCUGUGGGGAACGGAGAGAGCAUUCAGCUGCUGGCCAGUCAGAUGGACACUGUGGACCUGGGACAGCUGGAUGAGACGGCCAUAACUAGCAUUCGUCUGCUACAGGUAUGGUCUUCACUAGGGCUGUUGCGGUCACCGUAUUACCACCACACCGGCAGUCAUGAAAGCAGUUAAAUUGCACGUGACUGAGUCACGGUCAUAUCCUCUUAUGCACUCAAGACAUGUGUUGGUAAGUACCCUGAUGAACAUCGUGUCAUUAAUGGCCUGGUACUCUUGGCUGUCCCUCUAACCGCUCUGACAUCAAUGCAAAUGAAAUCGAAAAUCACAUCAAACGCUUAUCAUCAAAAUAGUAUCAUGCUUUUAAAAUCACCUCGCUGUGAUGAUCAAUUUGGAGAAAGAAGUUCAGCAGCAGGUUGAAGAAGUGUAAAACAUGUUUGUGGAUGUUUCAAAGCCUAACACAAUGAAAUGGACAACGCUUUCCAAGGUGAUGAUUCAUUCAAAACAACCUGAGCUUAUGCAUAGGCUUAUGAGCCCAGGCCUGAGAACUCUGAAUAAAAAUGACAAUUGUGCUUUUAUACAAUACUUAGCCUACUGCAUAUUAUGCAUGGCAGAAAAAACAAACAUGAAACAAAACUGAUUUAAGAUGUCUUUGGCACAUAAUUGGUCUAGCAUCCAAAAUGAAACAAAUUUGAGAAAUGGCUUUUUGUGUGGAAUGUAAUUAUUAUACAUACUGGAUGGACUAGUUAUAUAUGCUACACUCCAAAAUGUCUAUCCAUGAGUCUGGUAGAGAAUGUAUAGCACUAGUCGAUGCUGUCUGUUCAUUGAUGGUGCAGGGCGGAUUACAGUUAGCCUACAGUUCUAGUGAAUUUGUAUUUGAUUUUGAAUAGCCUAGUAAUAGGGAUUUCUUUUUAUGUUUUCAUAAAACGCUGACACAUUACCUUAUAACUAAAGAACAUCUCACCACCAUGCUUUUCCAUCGCCCUCCUUUCUCUCUUUCAUUCCUUUAUCAAGUGUGUAGAUGGAGUGUCAGCAGUUUAGUGAAAUAUGUUCCGUUGUGAAAACAUGUUACUAUCGAUGUUCCCGAACAGAUUUCACAAACGAAGCUCUGUAUAGCUGCAGGAACAGGGAUGGGCGGAAUAUCACCUGUCGCGAAGCGAAAGCAUGCUCUUCAAACAGUGGUUGUUGUGUGGAGUCAAAGUGCUUAUUUCUCGGCUGCUCCUAUUAAGCACAGCUAAUCCGUAAAAGCUAGUUAAUCAAGCUCCCCUAUAAAACCGAAGUGGUCUAUCAGGCAUUGAAAAACAGACCUGUGGGAAAGAGCGCUGCCUCCAUUCACUAUCUGAGUGUGGAUGAUGACUGUUUUCUACCCUUGCUCAUUUGAUUAACUGGCCAUUCUAAAUCGAAACUAAUUUGACAUAUUAAAGACCAGAUUAAAUGGAGAAGUCUGAUGGGGGAAAACAUGAUCACUUGAUGAGAGAACAGCUGUGCAGCCUGGAGGUAAGGACCAGAGCGCAAGCUUCUUUUGCUACUUUCUCUAAUCAACAGCCUAUAGUCGCACCACGCAGCCCGUAUAUGUUUUGAAUGCCGUGUUUGGUUUUUGCCAGGCAUAAUGGGACCCAUCUGUCCAGACAACAUUCUUCCAAAAGUCUUGAUCACCUGGGUGCGUUUUGGCAAACUUGAGUCAACUUUAUGGAUGAGAUGGUUCCCAUUAUGCCUGGUGAAAACCAAACACUGCAUUUCACAGUAAGAACCUCAUCAACAGUCAAGUAUGGUGGUGGUAGUGGGAUGUUUUGAGGAAGCUUUGCUGCCUCUGGACCUUUGUGACUUGCCUAAAUUAGAAGGAACCAUGAAUUCUGCAGGAGAACAUCACACUGAGCUGCUUUCUUUUGUAAGCUCAGGUUCCCUAAUAUUUUAUAUUCGUUGAAGAUCCGUUAACAUUCAGUAAACAAUAUGCAAAAAUGGAGAAUCAGAAAGGGGGCAAAUACUUUUUCACAGCACUUUAUGAUUGCCUCACAUUAGCCGCGUUUAUUUAGCUGGUUUGAAAUGGGUUUUCUUUGUAAAAGCUGAGAGUAGCUGUUACAUCAAACUCAUGUUCACAUUGCUCUCCACAGAACCGUCUUGCAACACUGUGUGAAACAGCCGAGUGACCGCUGCACCUUCAGUCCCAGCGAUUUCGAUCUUGUCUCAUCGCUGCAACUCCCCAACAGUCUCGGGAGAGGUGAAGGUCGAGUCGCGCGUCCUCCAAAACAUGACCUGCGCUUCUGAAACACCUGCCCACUUAACCCGGAAGCCAGCUGCACCAAUGUGUCGGCGGAAACACUGUUUGACUAACGUCCGAGGCGAAGGAGUGGCUAGAGCGUGAUGAGCCAAGUAAAACACCCCCAGCUAAACCCUCCCCUAACCCGGACGACACUGGGCCAAUUGUGCGCAGCCCAAUAGGACUCGCGGCCGGUUGUGAAGUCCCAGCAUUUUUUAUUGUACAAGAUUCACAUUUUUAAAUGUUUUUUAACACUACUGUCUGUAUAUUUCUUCUAUUUUAAUACGUAGUUAUGUUUAUCUGUCAGGUCUGCAUCAGGGUGUUUGUCGUUGCAUCUUUUCGCUUAAAAUCUUUGAUUCUUAAAUCAGUCAGUCAUGAUUUUGAGAUGCUAUUUGCAGGGAUGCUCAAUGCAUGCAGUAAGGGAAUGUUCUAUUCUUCCAUGAUGGUGAUUUAUAUAACGUCAAGGUUGUAAAUCUGACUAAAAUGAAUAAACCCUAACUACAUUCUUCCCCUUAUAGUCUAGCAUAACAUGUUUGAAACUCAUUUGGGAGCCUGUUAUUGUCAAUGCUAUAUCGAUUGGCCUGUCUCAUCAAUACAGCUUUGUCUGCACUAUAGUGGGGGUUGUGCCAGUUCAAUGUGUGAUGUAACUACGGCCCAUGUAUUUUAGAUUUUUGUAGUAUUUGGACAAUUCUGUUUUUAAAAGUAAAUAUGCUGUUUUGUUCAGUUAUUUUCCUUAAGUGUAAUCUCUUUCUGGGGAACGUCUUAAUUUGUGUGACGGAAGUUGGGACCGCUGUUUGGGGGAGGGGGUUGUGGCUCUGUAGGCUUUCAGAUCUAGGCCUACGUGAAGCUCUGGUCGUACUAGUAAUAAAGUACAGAAAUACAAGUGUCUUUUUCAUGUUCUCUUGUUGCCAUAAUAUGCUGUAGUCAGAGACAACUGGACAUUACUGUUUGCCUGCAUUGAUUCCGUGAGACAGUCUGCUCAUUACUCCCCUGUAAUUGAAUUUGUGUCCCUGAUACCCAUUUCAGACAGGUGUGGUAUAUAAUCUCUACAAUAUAAGGCAAUGGGAUUUGAACAGUAGAUUAGUGACAAUUCCAAAAUAUAUCCUCUUGGGGGGAAAAAAGAGACUAAUAGCCUAGUCAAUGUCAAAGCAGUGACUGACGAAACGUCACACUCCAUAGCAAUCUAAAUUGUGUUGUUGGUGUGUUUUAGUAGCAAGAUGGUUCAUGAUAAAUGUCUAAAUUAACUACUCAAAUCACAUUCCCUGUAACUGGCAUUUGGAACUACUAUUAAACAUAUU